AUGGCCUCCCCAUCCCGUGUAACCCUUCUAGUUGCCGCAGCCGCCGUCGCCGCCGUCCUCAACCUCGUUGCCGCUGCCGAAACCGGGCCCUCCGCCGCCGUCGACCUCGGGGGGUCGAAGAAGUACGAGGGCUCCUCUGAGUUCGUGCGGCUGAGCUACCACAUGGGCCCUGUGCUCACCGCGAACACCACCGUUCACGUCAUCUGGUAUGGGACCUGGUCUCGCCAGCAGAAGCACAUCCUGCGGGGCUUCAUCCGCUCCAUCUCCGACGACUCCGCUCCCCACCCCUCCGUCGCUGGGUGGUGGCGCACCGUGCGCCUCUACACCGACCAGACUGGCGCCAACGUCACCGCCCACAUCUCCCUCGGCUCGGAAAAGAAUGACCGCCACUACUCCCACGGCCGCUCCCUCACUCGCCUCACCGUCCAGCACGUGAUCCGCGCCGCCGUCGCCGCCCCACGCCGCCCGCUUCCGGUGAACCCCCGUGGCGGGCUCUAUCUCCUCCUCACCUCCGCCGACGUCGCUGUGCAGGACUUCUGCGCGGGGGCCUGUGGCUUCCACUACUUCACCUUCCCCUCCAUCGUCGGCUACACCCUCCCAUACGCGUGGGUGGGCAACUCCGCCGCGCGCUGCCCGGGCAUCUGCGCGUACCCCUUCGCCGUGCCGGAGUACUUCCUGCCGCCGAGGGAGAGGAAGAGGAAGGCGGCGCCCCCCCCCAACGGGGACGCCGGCGUGGACGGGAUGGUGAGCGUGAUAGGGCACGAGCUGGCGGAGCUGGCGACGAACCCUCUGGUGAACGCCUGGUACGCGGGGGCCGACCCCUCCUUCCCGACGGAGAUAGCAGACCUGUGCCAGGGCAUCUACGGCACGGGCGGCGGCGGCGCCUACACGGGGCAGGUGACGGUGGACGGCAGGGACGGAGCCUGGUACAACGUGAACGGCGGCAGCGGGAGGCGGUUCCUGGUGCAGUGGGUGUGGCAUCCCCAUCUCGGCUACUGCUACGGUCCCAAUGCUCUCGACCAAGGACACCAGUGA